AAAGUGGAAGACAAUCACGUCAUGUGAACCGAACUAAUCAACCUAGUGAGUCUGAUAGUGUAAAAGAAGAAAAUACUAAAAUAGCCAAACUUUUUACCCCAGAAGGUGAAAAUAUAAGCUUUAACAAUCAAAAUGAUAAUGAUUUAUAUCUUGAAGAUUAUUCUGAAGGAAUACCAAGAGGUGAAAUUAGUCGCUGGAAAUAUCUUUGUAUCGUGUGUGGAUUGUUUUGGGAAGAGUGGGUUUGGUAUAACAGAGCGAAUGUCGCAUCUGCAGAAAGGGCAAAAUUAUAUG